GCCGUGUGUGUAAAAGAAGAUUGGUGGUUGCUGAAUUAAAAUAUAAAAGUUGCCAAAAUUAAUCAUUACAAUAAAAGUAUGGUUCGCGGAGCGCUUCGAGGCGGUAGGCCUAUGCGCGGUGGUAUUCGACCGCCUUUUAAAAAAACAUUUGUACCGCGGCAUCCGUUCGAUUUGACUUUAGCCGAAGUUGUUUUUCCCAAAGUUUCACCGGCUGUGGAUGAUUCUGCGUUGACUGCGGCAUUGUUGAAACGUAACCAAGACUUGAGUCCAACUCCUGGGGAACAGACUGCAAUUGGCAAUUUGGUUACUAAGGUUCAAGCUGUUUUGGAUAACUUGGUCGUUGCUCCUGGUGAUUUUAAUACUUGUCAAUUAGAGGAAGUGCGCCAAGUGGGAUCCUUCAAGAAGGGCACAAUUCUUACUGGCAACAAUGUGGCCGACGUCGUUGUUAUACUCAAAACACUGCCCACGAAGGAAGCAUGUGAGGCGCUGGCCAAAAAGGUGGAGGCGGACUUAAAGAAUGGCAUGAAAACCGAAGUGGUAGCAAAGGGAGAGCAACAUACAAUACAAAUACAUGACAGAGGCUUCGAUGUAUCAAACGUCCAAGCCAAGGUGCGCAUACUUAUUGCCACCUUGCCGCAAAAUUUGCGAAAACUCGAGCCAGAGAUUCAUAUGGAUCACAAGUUGAUGCAGAGCCACUUGGCCGCUAUUCGACAUACUCGCUGGUUCGAGGAGAAUGCUCACCAUUCGUCCAUAAAAGUCUUGAUACGUAUUUUGAAGGAUCUAACAAAGCGAUUCGAUGCUUUCUCGCCGCUCUCAUCCUGGAUGCUGGACUUGAUUGCACACUUGGCAAUCAUGAACAACCCAUCACGCCAAGCACUGCCCAUCAAUAUGGCAUUUCGUAGAGUGUUUCAACUCCUGUCUGCGGGAUUAUUCCUUCCAGGGUCAGCUGGUAUUACCGAUCCGACCGAACCUGGUCAUAUUCGUGUUCACACUGCAAUGACGCUGGAGCAACAGGAUGUUUGCUGUUAUACAGCACAGACGCUACUUCGAGUGUUGGCACAUGGCGGUUAUAAGCAUAUUCUGGGAUUGGAGGGCAACACUAGCAUCGUACGGGAAAUGUCCGUGUGGAAUGGAGUGGUCGUAUCGCCCUUAACACCCGUAUAUGAGAAGCCGAUAGACAAGAAGGAAGGCGAUCUUGAGGAAGAUAUUGACAUGCUCGAGAAUGAAAAUGAAGAUGAAGGAAGCGAUGAUGCAGCCGAGUAAUUUCAACAAUAAGAUUUAUAAUUUAUUAUAAAGUCGAUUAUAAAACAGUAAAUUUCGCUGAUUUAUGGCAUCAGCAUAUUCUCA